GCAUGUGCGGGCUGAAGGAGGAACGGAAAGGCUCCCGGCGCCCCAGCCCCACGCUCGCUGAAGCCCGAGCUGCAGGCGCGCGGGCCGCCGGGUGCUUCUUUUUCUCCUCCCGUUCGGAGUAGCCGAUCCGAACUGGUUUCUUUCCAGGGGAGGGAAGGGGCAGGGCCCGGGGUCCCAAGUCGCACACAAGUCUUCGCUGCCAUGGGGGCCGUCAUGGGCACCUUCUCAUCUCUGCAAACCAAACAAAGGCGACCCUCGAAAGACAUCGCCUGGUGGUAUUACCAGUAUCAGAGAGAUAAGAUCGAAGACGAGUUGGAGAUGACCAUGGUUUGCCAUCGGCCUGAGGGACUGGAGCAGCUCGAGGCCCAGACCAACUUCACCAAGAGCGAGCUGCAGGUCCUUUAUCGAGGCUUCAAAAACGAGUGCCCCAGCGGUGUGGUCAACGAGGAGACAUUCAAGCAGAUCUACGCUCAGUUCUUCCCUCACGGAGAUGCCAGCACCUACGCCCACUACCUCUUCCACGCCUUCGACACCACCCAGACAGGCUCCGUGAAGUUUGAGGACUUUGUAACCGCUUUGUCGAUUUUACUGAGAGGAACUGUCCAUGAGAAGCUAAGGUGGACAUUUAAUUUGUAUGACAUCAAUAAAGAUGGAUACAUAAACAAAGAGGAGAUGAUGGACAUUGUCAAAGCCAUCUACGACAUGAUGGGGAAAUACACAUAUCCCGUGCUCAAAGAAGACACUCCGAGACAGCAUGUGGACGUCUUCUUCCAGAAAAUGGACAAAAAUAAAGAUGGGAUUGUGACUUUAGAUGAAUUUCUUGAAUCCUGUCAGGAGGAUGACAAUAUCAUGAGGUCUCUCCAGCUGUUCCAAAAUGUCAUGUAACUGCGGACACAGCCAUCCGGCUCUCGAAGACGUCGUACGAGCCUUGACACCCUGAUCUGCCCUCGUUCUGAUCUUACACGCCGACUCUCGGGACAGAAACACCUCUUACGCUUUGGGAGAAUUCUCUGCCGAAGACUUUCUGUGGAACCCAGCGUCACGUGGCUCAGCCUCUGAUUGCCAACUCUUCCUCCUCCCUCUUCUUGAGAGAGACAAGAUGAAAUUGGAAUUCCGCAUGCUCAUCUCCUCACACUGCAGCCCCAUGGAAGGUCCCUCUGCUUGAGCUUAAAUCGUCAUGCCCACUUUUCUGCUUGCCCCCAGCCCAGUGCUUCCAGGUCCAGCAGACCUUGAGGUAUCUGGGAGCAAGAUGACCUGAGCCAAAUGCACACCAUCCUCGGACGGCCUCCCAAACCAACGUGCCUGUUUCCCUUCCUUUGGUUGGAAGAAUGAGCAACAUGAACUGCCAUGACUCGAUUGGGGGAGCCAGCACCAAACAUAGGUAGGAUAGGACUGAAGUAUCACGCAUGGCAUCAUCUGGUGACCCAAACUGCCCACGGCCUUUGUCCCCAGAGGCAAGGACCGAUGAUUCUCUCUCACACCAGCAUCUGUGCUGGAGGUGCAAGGCCCUCGACUGCCCAGGAAGGGAGCCGAUACCCGGUGGCCCACGCCUCCACUCCAUCUCCUGCUAUAGCUCAGCACUGCAUGUCCCUUCCCGAAAGCCUAGAAUGCCUGCAGGUUGCUGUAAUUUUAUACCAUCUUCUAGUCAAUAAACAGAACUAUUUCUUACACUCU